CAACAAAUAAUCGGACUUGAAGCCAAUGCUGACCAUUUAAAAGGGCAACGAUCAGAACCCUGAGACGAUACCUGGGAUCGGAUCAGGAUGUGCUCAGAUACAAGAGCACCGGCAUGUAGAUUUAAAAUGUGCUCGGGUUUCUGUAAAACCUGCAGGAGAGCAGGAUUUACACACCGCCUCCAAGGUUAAUGUAAAAUCCAGAGAGACGGAAAUCCUCCCUUUCUCUCUCUGGCUGUAAUAAUCGUCACGUCCUAAUACUUUUCAAUUAAGAUCUGAACUUACAAUGUAAACUAUGUGUUGGCCACUGACUGUACAAAUACCUCAUCCGUGACGUCUGACAUGAUGUCGGGUCUAUAUUCAGUCUCCUGUAAAUGAGGCAGUUAAACGCGGGUGCUGUGAUUUUCUUCACAUUCCUCUGACACUUCAUGCCUGCGAUUUCUUCCUCCACAACACAUUUACGCUCAUCACUACCUCACUCCCUGCUUUUCUCCUCUUCUCAUCUUUCUUUUUGCCCCUGUCUGUAAUUGGAUUCUAUUUUCAGUCCGCCAUGAGUGUCUGUGUGUCUCCUGUGUUUGUGUCUCGCACCCCGUUUCUUUUUUUUUUUUACCGUUUCUCCUCCAUCGUCACCCUGUGCAUCACUCUGCAUCGCUCUGUCUCCAUGUACAGCUCCCACCUCGUUCUCCAUUGUUCCCCUCUUUCUUACUAACUUGGUUCACUUUGGCAAAGCUUCCAUUCACCGUUUCUUCAUCCUUAUCAGCGCGACUGUUAGGUACGCCAAAUAUCCCGAGAAAAGCUGCGUGUAAAUUGUGUCAGAUGAGGUAAUGCGAACUGCACCAAACCGAUCCCUUUUAUGACCCAGUUCUGGUAGUCUGGGUUACACAGCGAUCUAAGAGGAGAAGUUAUAUUUAGUUGGGAGAACAAACUAGAAAAAGAGAUCAGAAGUACUGUAGCGUCUGCAAAAUGCAAAGGUAAUGUAUGUCGAGCCAUCCAAAAAUAAACGUUAAUUGCAUUGUAGAAUAGCGGUUUGAGCCGUUUCAGGAGAGGCAAUUAAUCAGUUAAACAGUAUUUAUGAAGGGGAGGAGUAGAAAGUAGGAGACUGACAGAGGGAGGGAGUAUUGCCGUAGAAGUUGGUUGGCUGUCAGGAUCUCUCUGGAGGUCCGGCAUGUGUUUAAAAGACCAAAAAUACUUAGAGAGAAACGAGGAGAGGCUGUUAGAGGUGGAGAUGUUGACGGACAAGUAGCGGAUAUGGGGAUUUCUCGUCAGACCACGAAACCCUCGUCGGCGAGGCCCAGAAGCGGCAAAACUGCAACGCGGACACCUCGAUGCGGCCGUGCCGCUCAGGGCCGCUCCACGCCCGUACGGACGGUCAACAUCCGACCGCUGCCGCUGCGAAACCCACCUGCACGCAAACGGCUCGCUCAGCCACACAAGGCGCACGCUCGUCCGACGCAGACUCACUGCCCGACUCUGGCCCACGAGCAGAACGUGUCACAUGGCGAUCAUCACUCAGGCUGCACCUUUUACUGCUAUUUUUGCUACUGCUGUUACAGCUGUUGCCUCAUGUUGCUCUCUUUUUCUCUCCUCCUUCUCCUCUCUCCGCCUCCCAAUGCUCCUGUCUCUACUUUGACCUCAAAUGCCACCGCACCUCCUCCCUCCUCUCCCAUCACACAAUCUUCAACUUCUUGUUCGGAUGAACUUCCCUGCUUCUGUCCUGAUGCCAACCUGACUUCGUCUCCCCAAUGCUCUCGGCCUCUUUGUCUAAUCUCGGACGAUUCCUCGCCUCUCCUCAUCCCCUCCUGCACUGACCAAACUUCCUCCUCUUGUCGGGGUUCCUCCUCGUCCUCUACAACGUCGGGCUCCCUCUCACCUCCUCAUAAACCGAUUCUCUGCCGCCCCUGGCCCUCAACACGCACUCUGUCCUCCCUACUCCUCUGCCCUCCCAGCUUUGGCGAUCCAGUCUUAUCCUACGCGUCCACAUUGGAGCACAUUCCCUCCCGGCCUCGGACGCUGCUGCGGCAGCAGAGUCUGCAGCAGCCCCUCAUCCACCCGCCAGGUCCAGGUCUCAGCCACCCGCCUACCACAUCUCAGAGCUUGGGACAGUUACAUACUGCACCUGGACAGCCAGGGGGAGGUGGAGGGGCGGGGAGAGGAGAAGGAGGCGGCAACUGCGGUGAGGGUGGGGGUGCAGGUACUCGAGGCAGUGCCCGGGGUGCACGGGGCGGGUCAGUGGGAGCCGCCGCCUCACGCUAUAGGGGAGGUGGAGCAGGAGGGCGCACUCGUGGCAAUCCUGGGAGCUGGGAUUACAUGAUGGACCAGAUGAAGAACCGAGGCCUGGAUGUCAAAUCUUUCCUUGAAGGAAAGCUGGUGGUCCUGGCUUUGGCCAUUGGUGUGGCAGAGCAAGAUGACUUUGCCAAUAUCCCUGACCUGCAGGAAACGGCGCAGGCAGCACCACCAGCCAAUCAGGAGCCCCCUCCUGAGAAGAGGGGCAACAAGCCAGCAAACAGCCCCAAGGGCCACCCACCUGAUGCUGACGGCCACUCCUCUGUAACCGACCUGGCCAACUCACUCACCGGAGACAUGGUGAUGUUGUCCCCAGGUUCAGAGGACGACGACGGCGAAGGGCCCGUCAGCGAAAAGCUCGGUCGGAUCCAGUUCAGCAUCGGCUACAGCUUCCAGAACACGACCCUCACUGUCAAAGUCCUCAAGGGCCAGGACCUGCCAGCCAAGGACUUCUCCGGCACCUCAGACCCUUUCGUCAAAAUCUACCUGCUGCCCGAUAAGAAGCACAAGCUGGAGACCAAGGUCAAGAGGAAGAACCUCAACCCUCACUGGAAUGAAACCUUCCUCUUUGAGGGCUUCCCUUACGAGAAGGUAAGAGAACGCACUCUCUACCUCCAGGUGUUGGACUACGACCGCUUCAGCAGGAACGACCCCAUCGGAGAGGUGUCCAUCCCCCUGAAUAAGGUGGAACUGGGCCAGCUGAAGACCUUCUGGAAGGAGCUCAAGCCCUGCAGUGAUGGCAGUGGGAGACGAGGGGACCUGCUGGUGUCUCUCUGCUAUAAUCCCACUGCCAACACCAUCACUGUGAACAUCAUCAAAGCGCGCCACCUUAAAGCCAUGGAUAUCGGGGGCACUUCAGACCCUUACGUAAAGGUGUGGCUCAUGCACAAGGACAAGCGUGUAGAGAAGAAGAAGACGCCGGUGAUAAAGCGCUGUCUGAAUCCAGUUUUCAACGAGUCAUUCCCCUUUGAUGUCCCUGCCCAUGUGCUAAGGGAGACUACCAUCAUCAUCACCGUCAUGGACAAGGACAGGCUUAGUCGCAACGAUGUUAUCGGCAAGAUCUACCUAUCAUGGAAGAGCGGACCGGCAGAAGUAAAGCACUGGAAGGACAUGCUCGCUCGGCCGCGUACUAACGUCGCGCAGUGGCACGCUCUUAAGGCCUGAUCGCACCACCCAGCUUCUUCCAUGGCCACUUCCCGUCUCCUACUUCCCGUUCCCCCUUCUCUCCCCUCUUCCCGCUCCCGUCCUUAUGCACAAGACUGACUUGCUGCCAGGCUGCGAAACACGGGUACAAUUAGCCAUCUGCUCUCUUAAACCUUUAAACUCUUCUCUAUUUUGUUUUAGAAUCUCCAUUUCCUCUUCCACUUCUCUCUGAAUUUCUCUCCUCUCAUGCUGUCGUGUGUUUUGUUCUGCGCUACCACUUUGCCAAUAGUUCCCCUGUUUCUGACUGUCUGUAUGUCCGUCUUUCUGUCCUUAUGCUAUUGGCCCAUGGAGGUCUAAUAAUCUGUUUCUUCGCCAACCCCUUUGUUAUGAACGUCCCUGCAGCCCCUGACCAGUUAAAUAAGUCGGUGUCUCAGAGAAUCAUGAUGAUUUGAACAUGUUUAAUCCAAUUAUAUAAACGGUACACUUACACAAAAUGCAGGUGGAUCUAAAAAUAUAUUACAA